GGGGGCCCGAGCGCACGGUGAGUCAACCGUCACUGACGUGAAUGUCUUUCAUCCUCGCCCAUUUAAUCACGUUCACAUUCUCUUGUUCUCUUCUUCUCUGCAAUCCUCUCUUCACAGAUAUAUUCCCAACCUUAGACUGGAUGGUCAAAGAUGGUUGACAAUACGCACGACACUAUCGAAGCGUUUCCUCUCCGCAAUUACUUAUUCAUUGAACGAGAAGGUCAACCAGAGGAAGACAACUCUGUAACCAACAGAUUGAAAAGGCUUGAGGAUCAAUACAAGGAAAGCGGAACAAGGCGAUCUGUUGAGGCUAUCAUGGUGGUCACAGUCCACGGGUUCGCUCAUGUACUUGUCCUGCAGGUUGCUAAUGCUUUUUACAAGCUUCCUGGCGGCUACCUUGACCCCUCCGAGUCAGACGCAGAAGGCCUCAUCACUCGUCUCAAUGAGCAGCUUGGUGUACCCGUAACCACACUCAAAGGGAAGGACGAGGAUGACCUCCCGCGUACUGUCUGGCUUGCUCCUGAAGGAGGAAGGGAUUGGGAAGUGAGAGACUGUUUAAGUGUCUGGUACAGGCCGCACUUUGACACCUUUUUAUACCCGUAUGCCCCGGCCCAUGUAUCUUAUCCUAAGGAGUGUAAAAAGCUUUACCUCGUCAAUCUUCCACCUAACAAAACCUUUGCUGUUCCAGCCAAUAUGAAGCUUCACGCCAUUCCUAUUUUUGAAUUUUACGACAAUGCGGCCCGUUACGGUCCUCAAUUCGCUGGUAUUCCAUACAUUCUCAGCAAGUUUGUUAUGUCUCAACCCGAGGUUUGCGAGGAAGACGAGCGCAAAGUCUACAAAGCUGUGGUUCCAAGCACUCUUUGAUGAAAUGAAAAAGUGACGGAUUAAGUAGCCUCUUGACGCUUGACGUCAAGUACUGCCGAGGCACAAGUAGUCGACAAUGGCUAGCUCCCGUCAUCCCUCAGUCUCCUCUCGGCGCCGUUCUUAGUUGUCAUUCAGUAUACGUAUUCAUUUUUAAGACCGUGUGAAGUCCAGGC